CCCGGCCGGGGGAGCCCCACGGCCGCCUACCAGCCGCCUCCUCCUCCCCCCGCCGCGCCUCCGCCUCCUGCCCCCUGCAGCGGGGUUACCUGUCACGGGGAGCCCGCUAAAUUUUACGGAUACGAUAACUUACAGAGACAGCAGAUUUUUACGACACAGCAAGAGGCCGAGCUGGUACAAUAUCCUGACUGUAAAUCGUCCAGUGCUAAUAUUGGCGAGGAACCAGACCACUUAAAUCAGAGCUCGUCUCCUGCUCAAAUGUUUCCCUGGAUGAGACCACAAGCAGCGCCGGGUAGGAGGAGAGGAAGACAAACAUACAGCCGAUUCCAGACUCUAGAGCUGGAAAAGGAGUUCCUCUUUAACCCCUAUCUGACCAGGAAGAGGAGGAUCGAGGUGUCCCACGCACUAGGACUCACCGAGAGGCAGGUAAAGAUCUGGUUUCAGAACAGGAGGAUGAAAUGGAAAAAGGAGAACAACAAGGACAAAUUCCCCGCUUCCAGACAGGAGGGAAAGGAAGGGGAGGCCAAAAAGGAAGCACAUGAUCUGGAAGAAGACAGAGCUGAAGGCCAGACGAAUUAA